GAUUGGAAAUGGGGAUGGGUUUGGAUUUGGGGCUCAAGGGGCUGCUGCUUUACCCGGCACCCGGGGAGAAAACUCGCCUCCCUGAGGCUCCGCACUCUGGCCCCUCUAGGACUCCUGCUCUUUCCAGAUUUCCCUUCUCCCUGCGCGCACCCACCUCCCCACGCCCGCUUCGGGGGCUUUUAACUUCUUGGUGUUGACGUUAAUUUGGGCUUUAAAAGUCUAAUUGCUGAGUAGAAGCUGUCAUAGCCGAGCUGGGAGACAUCCCGGAGUUAUUUACAAACAGACGCUUCACAACCAACGAAGUCCCAAAGUAAUCGGCACUGGCUCCUGUAACAGUGAUCACGCCGCCGCCACCAGCCAGGGCCGUCCGCUGGGGUCCCCUUCAUUUCUCUUAGACUCCUCUUGGUUGUUUGCACAGUUUGAGUCUCGCGACCGCCCAGCCCCUGGAUCAUCUCUUAGGAAAUGCAAGGAUCGCCAGCACGUCUUCAGUUUCUAGUUGUCUCCCCCCCCCCCCCAAUAAUAAAAGGUGUCAUACAGAGCACCCCACCCCCACCUCUUCAGGCCAGAGGCUGGUGUCGAGUGGAAGUAUAGUUUUAACUUCACCUUGGCUUUCUUGGAGAUAAAGUGUUAAACGCGACUAAGUUCCUUUUUUUCCCCCUUGGAGGAGGGAAUUUCAAAAGUCAGUUAAAAAGCUCUAUUGACCAUUUGAGCCGAGCGUUUUAUCCGCUUGGAAUCAUAUGUGUCCGUACCUAAAGGGAAGAGGGAAGGGAGAUCGGAGAUGGUUUAUACGGUCUCUCCCCCUCUUCCCCCCCGCAGUUUUCUAAAUGCCCCAGUGCAGAGACAAACUGCGAAACAGUCAGUCCUGCUUGCGUUGUGUGGCGAGGGGUGGGGGAGGGGGCGCCGCGGUCGCGGGCGGAGAGGCAGGGUUGGCCAGGCUUCUCCCAGCAAACCGUGCUCGCUCUGGCCUCUCCAGGGGCUCAGGCUGGAAAAUGUUCAGAAUGGGCAGGAAGAGCUUUACGUUUGAUGGGGAGAACAUGUAUAUGGGGAUGAAUGAGGCUAACCAGGAGUUCCUAUCGGCCAACCAGCCCUCCACAUCUCUAACAAAAGCGUCUGUAGGAGGAAAUCUUCUAACAAACCUCUCCAGCAGUGCACACAAGCUGCCCCGGGAAAGAACUUAUAAUGGUCAAAGUGAGAAUAAUGAAGACUAUGAAAUCCCUCCUAUAACUCCUCCUAAUCUCCCAGACCCCUCCCUUCUUCACCUGGUGGACCACGAGACCGGCUAUCAUUCACUCUGCCACAGCCUCCCUCCAAACAGCCUGAUACCAACAUAUUCCUAUCAAAACAUGGACUUGCCUGCCAUCAUGGUGUCUAACAUGUUGACUCAAGAUGGGCACCUCCUUUCAAGUCAACUACCCACAAUCCAGGAGAUGGUCCAUGCAGAAGCAUCGUCCUACGACUCCACCAGACAGGUGUCCCUGCUCAACCGCCCCACGAUGCUGGCCAGUCACAUGAGUGCCCUCAGCCAGUCCCAGCUGAUUUCACAGAUGGGAAUCAGAAGUGGGGUGAGCCAUGGCUCCCCAUCACCCCCAGGAAGUAAAUCAGCUACACCAUCUCCCUCCAGCUCCACGCAGGAAGAAGAGACAGAAGCACAUUACAAGGUCACUGGAGAGAAGAGGCCCUCUGCUGACCUGGGGAAGAAGCCCAAAAGCCAAAAAAAGAAGAAAAAGAAGGACCCCAACGAGCCUCAGAAGCCUGUGUCAGCCUAUGCCCUGUUUUUCAGGGACACACAAGCAGCGAUCAAGGGGCAGAACCCUAACGCCACCUUUGGGGAUGUGUCCAAGAUUGUGGCAUCCAUGUGGGACAGCCUGGGAGAGGAGCAGAAGCAGGCCUAUAAGAGGAAAACUGAAGCUGCAAAGAAAGAAUAUUUAAAGGCCCUGGCAGCCUAUCGGGCCAGCCUCGUUUCCAAGAGCUCUGCUGAACAGACUGAGGCUAAGACCACCCCGCCCAAUCCUCCUUCUAAGAUGAUUCCCCCCAAGCAGCCCAUGUAUUCCAUACCACCCCAGGCCUCGUCUCCCUACCCAGGCCUUGGCUCGUUCCUGUCCCCGUCUGACCUCCAGGGUUACCGUGGCCACCCUCACCCCAGCCUCUCCAGGACCCUAAACUCCAAAUCCAUGCUGCCCAGCAUCAGUGCCUCGCCGCCGCCACCGCCACCAUCGUUCCAGAUCAGCCCUCCUCUUCACCAGCAGCUGGCCCUGCACCACCCCCAGAGCGCCAUCCUCAACCAGUCCCUCACCAUGCAGCCAGUCCCCCAGCAGUCCAUCCUGUCUCCUCCGCCCAUGGCCCUACAGGUCCAGCCCCCGAUGAGUACCUCGCCUCCGGGGCAGCAGGAUUUCUCACACAUCUCACCUGAGUUCCAAAGCAGCGUUGGCUCCUGCUCCCCUGGCACAUCUAACACCCCAGGAAAUAGCGACUGGGACAGUGAUUACCCUAACCGAGAGUGUGGCAUUAACCACUGCAGCAUGCUCCCAAGGGAUAAGUCUCUCUACCUCACCUAAACCGGCCAUUUCUCCCCUCCGAGGCUCAGAGGAAGGACAUGGGGAUGUGGGCCUGGACACUGGGAGGAAGCAUCGAGCAAGUCCUGGUGGACUGGAGGGCUGUUCCAAGGCACCUGUACAUUGCCCAGCUGGGGAGCAGUUCCUCUUCCAACUCCAAAGCCAACUUCUGAAGGCAAAGAGCUCGCUAGGUCCCUCCCCACCUCCAACCCCAAAGAACAAACAAGACUCCCUUUUCUGUUCAUUUGCUUAGCUUAGCUCCAAACUCUUUCCCUAGUGACCUGCUCUUAGACACAGCCCCAAGUUUCUGGACCAGGCUUCCCUGCUGGGCCAGCCCCAUAGCAAACUGCGCCUUCUGACUUGCUAAUGGCACUCAACCCAUGCAAGGAAAUGUGAAGUAUGUGUGAAUAGUGUACAUGCAAAGGCCUUGGAUAUCCAGCAAAGUAAAUCCCGAAAUCCACAAAGACCCCACUGGCAUGCCUCACGGGGAGGGGGGCGGGCGGCUGGCCAGAGGGCUGGUAGAAAUGCAAACCCAGUUUUACAAACUCGCCCACUGUCCUGGGCGUGAGUGUGUUGGCUCCACGUCAGUAGAUUACUAAGUGUGUUAGACCUGUGCUGAAGACAUCUUUAAGAUUUUUUUGUGGAAGAAAAAUAGUAGUUUACUUUCUAGUAAAAAGCAUUUUAUAUUAACUGUAGCACAUUUUUUUAGUUAUACAUAGACAGAAGAUGUGUAUAAAAAGCCUGCCAAACCUGUUUCUAUGAUUUCUACAGCAAGAAAUGGACAGUUUCUAGCCAUGUUGCCUGGCAUUGUUAUUUUUUUCAGCCAUAUGUCCAUCUAUUUAAAAUUGCUGAUGAUGAUUUUGUCUAUUUAUGGAAAAGGAAGGAAAAAAAAUACACAAGAAUUACAGUUUCUCGGAAGGGGCGUUUGUUUAUUUCCAUUUAGUUUUGCUCUGACUUUCUUUGUUAAGGGACUCCCUUGGCCCUGACAUAUUUGUUUUGGUUCACAAUGCUUAUCUCAAACUUUCUUUAUAAUAAAACUUCUUAAAAGUA